GCCGUUAAACCUCAUCGGAGAAUAAUUGUUUCUAGCGUAUUCCCAAACAGCUGAUCAGCUGCUCCAGUCUAUAUAUUUGAACUGUGAAGACUAAAGAAAUAACGACAUAUUUGAAAACUAAUAUGGAUUUCUUAAAAGCUGAAAUCGCGAGGAAGAGAAAACUAAUUGAAGACAAAGAUCUUAUUGAUGUGAGUAGCUGCUAGCUAGUUACAUUCACUAGUCAGCUAGCUACAUUUAGCUAGCUAGCGUUGCUUAUGUUAGUUAGCUAGGCAAUGAUAACUAGUUAGGUUGCUUGGCGUGCGUGGGCAGAUACAUGAAAGUUGAAUUUAAUUAUGUUUACUGAAAAUAGUAGCUAGCUAGCUAACGUUAGCUUAAAGUACAAGUUGGGGGGAGCCUGCGUCAUGAUACAAUUAAGAGCUAUAGGGCUCUGAGGUUCGCGGCAUGCUUGCGCCAGCUAACGCAAACUAGCCAUCUUAGCUUAGUUUCAAGAGCUCAUCUGACAUAACUAACGUUAGUUAACUAAGUAUUAAAUGUACUUGUGAGAUUAAAAUGUUGCCAUCAUUGCAUCUUGUUGUUGAUAUGCGGUGUUAAUGAAUCUAUUCACAGGAUUCAAAGAAAUACUUCAAGCGGGCCGAUCUUGCCCGAAAAGAAGAAGAGGAGUAUUUCAAAACGAUGUGGCUACAAGGUAAUAUCAGAGUUUCUAAACCCAGAUACGCAACAUCGCGAGACUUCCGGGAACGCUUGCGAAGCAGACUAAAGACGUCCGCAUGCUUCCCAGCCGAAACAGUUCGGAAUAGUUAUGACGACAGUUUUGGAUUUAGGUAAGGUUUUUAUUUUUGGUUGUUCGGGCACACAUUUUUUUCUUUAAGCAACCCGACGUCUACGCCCCUUCGUCGGUGAUUGGUCAACAGUAGGGAUUCAUCAGGAGAGUCUUUGUCAUUCAAUGAGAGACUACUCAUUUUCAUGCCAAUUUUUUCAUUGAGAAAUAGUGCAACAAAUGGCUUAGAUAUAAAAUUGCGUGACUAAGAUUACCCUUGGCAAAACUUCAAUUAAUGACAGAUUUCUUGAGUUAGCUUUAAUUAAUUCAGACGAUUUUGAGGAAGUGUAUACUGGCUACGGCGUCUCAAAAUGGACAAACAGUACUAUUGCGUUUUUUCUCGUUUUUCAAGCGGUCUUAUGUGAGUAUGAAGGUCUUAAGGGAGUAUGCGAGUACACUCGUUUGGUUCGCCUAGUUGACUGGGGCUAGCCGCCAGCCGAACUGAAGCAUGCCUUUAGUAGACCAUUCUGGGGUUUGGGGUUUGAGAAGUCAGUGCGAGAAGUGACAAAUUCUUCCUUAGUUAUACAUUUUCUCAAUCUAAAUGUGAAUUGGUACGGUUCUAGAAACACAAAUCCCUCAACUUUCAUAUCACAUCAAAAUACACUUACUGUACUGUUUGAACCGGUUUUAACAGUUGUAGCCGACAGUAUUUUUCAGUGACAACACGUUUGUGGCCACCUUCUUCUGUUUACACACAGGUGUUCGGAGAUGCAGACAGCCAAUUAGCACAUGUAGUCCCUCCGUCUUGUCUGUUUUCUGUAAACAAGCGCUGUAACAUGGAAAGAUGACCGUGUGGGAACCCUAACCCUAUAAAAGUGUGUAUCAAUUCAACCUUUUGAUUUUUGAAAAUGUCUCACCGAUGUGAAAGAUAAGGUCCUUAUUCUUCCAAAACCGCACCGCAAGCGAUACGUGGUAAUGUUCAGACCGAGCAUCAGGGCUCUUAACAAAACACCCCUGUACAGAAGACUCCUUCGUCCAAUGACUCUUAUGUGUAAUGUAAUGGAACUGAGAGUCAUGAUCAAAGGCUAGCUGUAUCCCAUUAUAGCCCUUUGUCUGUUCUCUCUUUCUCCCUCUCCCUCGUGCACUUCAUCUUACUCCUUGUUUCGAGAUUCUCCCUUCCUCUCUGUAGUCCACCACCUUCUUCCAUUCCCUUCCUCUCUCUGCACUGUCUGUUCAAUCUCCACAAUAAUGUGUUUUUUUCUCCCCUCAUUGACUUGUUUUCAGAGUUACAGUGCAGGCUACGGCUAGACCACCUUACAGGGUUGUGUGGUAGUGUGUUUUUCUGAUGUUGCGUAGCAUGUGUUGACUGUGCUCUCUUCCCACCUUGUGAACGCUGCCCUGCAGGUUCAGAAAGAGGCACCUGAGAGACAGGUAGGGGAUGAUGGCGCAGCAGGCAGGGAGCAUGUUUAGAGGAUGACCGAUCGUAGGCAGUGGUGUGUCCCAAAAAUCUUGCAAAGCUCCCCUUUCCUCGGCAUCUUCCCUUCAAUUCUACCUGUCUGCAAAAUAUGGAGGAAACGUAUCUAGCAGCAAACUAGCAAUAUACAGUCCAAAAAUAACCCCUUACCUAGUUCUUUCCUCCAGGCUGCUUCAAUGUUAGCUGAUUGUAAGCACUGUUAAACGAUAUGGUGGUUGCGCCACCCAUCCUUCCAAUAGGCUUAGAGCUUCUGUGUUGCUUAAACCAGUCUAGUUCUGCAGUCACAACAGUGUGGCUGUGUGGGUUGUAUUCAGUCCCUUCACUGAUCAGUUGUCUGGAAGGAGAGGGGGCAAGGAAUGGAGAGUUGGGACAUAGCCAUGUUGAGCAUGAGUUUAGGCUCUUAUCAGUUUAUCCUUUAGCUUUUUUAAAGUUUUGGGUUAAUCAGGCUUUGCCUCUUAUGUUUCAAACAAGUUUGAUAUGGGCCUUUGUACCAGAAACAACUUUCAGUUUUUUUCCCCCAUGGUUCUUGUGUUUGCAGGUUUUGCCUUACUUUUUAGAAUCGCUCAUGUGUGGGGAGAGAACUGCAUUUCAAUUCAACUGACUAAUACAGCUCUAAAUGUGCCUAUAAAACAGGUUUUGGCUUACAAAUGCAGCACCUGCAUCUGACUUGGAUUCUUUGUGCAUUUUGGGGGCUUUCGUUGUGUAAUAUUUUUUCAUAUAUAUAUAUACAGUGGGGAGAACAAGUAUUUGAUACACUGCCGAUUUUGCAGGUUUUCCUACUUACAAAGCAUGUAGAGGUCUGGAAUUUUUAUCAUAGAUACACUUCAACUGUGAGAGACGGAAUCUAAAACAAAAAUCCAGAAAAUCACAUUGUAUGAUUUUUAAGUAAUUAAUUUGCAUUUUAUUGCAUGACAUAAGUAUUUGAUACAUCAGAAAAGUAGAACUUAAUAUUUGGUACAGAAACCUUUGUUUGCAAUUACAGAGAUCAUACGUUUCCUGUAGGUCUUGACCAGGUUUGCACACACUGCAGCAGGGAUUUUGGCCCACUCCUCCAUACAGACCUUCUCCAGAUCCUUCAGGUUUCGAGGCUGUCGCACCUUUCAGCUCCCUCCAAAGAUUUUCUAUUGGGUUCAGGUCUGGAGACUGGCUAGGCCACUCCAGGACCUUGAGAUGCUUCUUACGGAGCCACUCCUUAGUUGCCCUGGCUGUGUGUUUCGGGUCGUUGUCAUGCUGGAAGACCCAGCCACGACCCAUCUUCAAUGCUCUUACUGAGGGAAGGAGGUUGUAGGCCAAGAUCUCGCGAUACAUGGCCCCAUCCAUCCUCCCCUCAAUACGGUGCAGUCGUCCUGUCCCCUUUGCAGAAAAGCAUCCCCAAAGAAUGAUGUUUCCACCUCCAUGCUUCACGGUUGGGAUGGUGUUCUUGGGGUUGUACUCAUCCUUCUUCUUCCUCCAAACACGGCGAGUGGAGUUUAGACCAAAAAGCUAUAUUUUUGUCUCAUCAGACCACAUGACCUUCUCCCAUUCCUCCCCUUGAUCAUCCAGAUGGUCAUUGGCCAACUUCAGACGGGCCUGGACAUGCGCUGGCUUGAGCAGGGGGACCUUGCGUGCGCUGCAGGAUUUUAAUCCAUGACGGCGUAGUGUGUUACUAAUGGUUUUCUUUGAGACUGUGGUCCCAGCUCUCUUCAGGUCAUUGACCAGGUCCUGCCGUGUAGUUCUGGGCUGAUCCCUCACCUUCCUCAUGAUCAUUGAUGCCCCACGAGGUGAGAUCUUGCAUGGAGCCCCAGACCGAGGGUGAUUGACCGUCAUCUUGAACUUCUUCUAUUUUCUAAUAAUUGCGCCAACAGUUGUUGCCUUCUCACCAAGCUGCUUGCCUAUUGUCCUGUAGCCCAUCCCAGCCUUGUGCAGGUCUACAAUUUGAUCCCUGAUGUCCUUACACAGCUCUCUGGUCUUGGCCAUUGUGGAGAGGUUGGAGUCUGUUUGAUUGAGUGUGUGGACAGGUGUCUUUUAUACAGGUAACGAGUUCAAACAGGUGCAGUUAAUACAGGUAAUGAGUGGAGAACAGGAGGGCUUCUUAAAGAAAAACGAACAGGUCUGUGAGAGCCGGAAUUCUUACUGGUUGGUAGGUGAUCAAAUACUUAUGUCAUCAAUAAAAUGCAAAUUAAUUACUUAAAAAUCAUACAAUGUGAUUUUCUGGAUUUUUGUUUUAGAUUCCGUCUCUCACAGUUGAAGUGUACCUAUGAUAAAAAUUACAGACCUCUACAUGCUUUGUAAGUAGGAAAACCUGCAAAAUCGGCAGUGUAUCAAAUACUUGUUCAUAUAUAUAUAUAUAUAUAUAUAUACACACACACAGUGGGAAGAACAAGUAUUUGAUACACUGCACCUGUUUGAACUCGUUACCUGUAUAAAAGACACCUGUCCACACACUUAAUCAAACAGACUCCAACCUCUCCACAAUGGCCAAGACCAGAGAGCUGUGUAAGGACAUCAGGGAUCAAAUUGUAGACCUGCACAAGGCUGGGAUGGGCUACAGGACAAUAGGCAAGCAGCUUGGUGAGAAGGCAACAACUGUUGGCGCAAUUAUUAGAAAAUGGAAGAAGUUCAAGAUGACGGUCAAUCACCCUCAGUCUGGGGCUCCAUGCAAGAUCUCACCUCGUGGGGCAUCAAUGAUCAUGAGGAAGGUGAGGGAUCAGCCCAGAACUACACGGCAGGACCUGGUCAAUGACCUGAAGAGAGCUGGGACCACAGUCUCAAAGAAAAUCAUUAGUAACACACUACGCCGUCAUGGAUUAAAAUCCUGCAGCGCACGCAAGGUCCCCCUGCUCAAUCCAGCGCAUGUCCAGGCCCGUCUGAAGUUGGCCAAUGACCAUCUGGAUGAUCAAGGGGAGGAAUGGGAGAAGGUCAUGGGGUCUGAUGAGACAAAAAUAGAGCUUUUUGGUCUAAACUCCACUCGCCGUGUUUGGAGGAAGAAGAAGGAUGAGUACAACCCCAAGAACACCAUCCCAACCGUGAAGCAUGGAGGUGGAAACAUCAUUCUUUGGGGAUGCUUUUCUGCAAAGGGGACAGGACGACUGCACCGUAUUGAGGGGAGGAUGGAUGGGGCCAUGUAUCGCGAGAUCUUGGCCAACAACCUCCUUCCCUCAGUAAGAGCAUUGAAGAUGGGUCGUGGCUGGGUCUUCCAGCAUGACAACGACCCGAAACACACAGCCAGGGCAACUAAGGAGUGGCUCCGUAAGAAGCAUCUCAAGGUCCUGGAGUGGCCUAGCCAGUCUCCAGACCUGAACCCAAUAGAACACUUUUGGAGGGAGCUGAAAGUCCGUAUUGCCCAGCGAAAGCCCCGAAACCUGAAGGAUCUGGAGAAGGUCUGUAUGGUGGAGUGGGCUAAAAUCCCUGCUGCAGUGUGUGCAAACCUGGUCAAGACCUACAGGAAACGAAUUAUCUCUGUAAUUGCAAACAAAGGUUUCUGUACCAAAUAUUAAGUUCUGCUUUUCUGAUGUAUCAAAUACUUAUGUCAUGCAAUAAAAUGCAAAUUAAUUACUUAAAAAUCAUACAAUGUGAUUUUCUGGAUUUUUGUUUUAGAUUCCGUCUCUCACAAUUGAAGUGUACCUAUGAUAAAAAUUACAGACCUCUGAAUGCUUUGUAAGUAGGAAAACCUACAAAAUCGGCAGUGUAUCAAAUACUUGUUCUCCCCACUGUAUAUAUAUUUUUUAGGUUGUGUUUCUAUGGGGAGCACAAUCUAAAGGUGAAAAGAUGCAUGUGCUUCUAAAAGCAUGACCCGUCAGUAUAUCUGAAAGAUGAAAUUGCUAUACUUUGCAGUGGUUUAAUGUCGGUACACAUGAUUUUUAAUGGCCAUGAAGAUGGUCUACAUGCAACAGUGUUUUUUUCCUUAUGGUCAUGCUGCUUUAAAAUGGUAUGGUGGAUUUCUAUACCAGCAGUCUUUCUGUUUAUAGUAUUGGUUUGAUUUGGAAGAAACUGCUGGUCCCAGGUGAGUCAGCAGCAAUGGACAAUGUCUCUGCAUGACAGUACUGAGAGAGCACGCUCUACUGCUUCUGCUGGCAUUUUAGCCUUUAGUGAUGUUAAUGAGGAUGAUUAUAAGAAACAUGAUAAUGAUUAAAAAUUGCACCAGCAGUGAGGGCAGAGAGAGAGGUGACGCAAGAGGUGUAACUCUCGCCAGAAUCUGUCCAAAAUAAGACCAAUGCGUGUCUAUGGGCUUAUUUUUGACCUAAGCUUGUCGCCUGCCUUUGCGACAACUCCCAUUGUUAGGACGAAGACAUUAGCAUCUUUUUAUUGUGAAUAUAUAGAUCUCUGGUGAGAGCCAAUAGUAAUGGAGACCUCUGAGUUUAGCCUCUAGAGCCCCACAGUGGAGGUGUCAUAAAACCUAGCAGUCAAACGGAAAUGGUUCCAAUCGUUUUUCCCAUAGGAUUUAUUUUUUUAUAACCAUUUAUCAAUAUAUCAGUCUAUUUACUCAGAUUCAAUAAUUAGCAUCAAAGUAGACAUAAUGCAAAACAACAUGCUCCUGCAAGUAAUCUCUAGCUGACACCUUUGCUAAUGGGUAUUGUGUCAAUUUAAAACUUGCACAAGACAGUUCAUAGAAUUUGUAAAGAAAUUUAACCAAUUUAUUCAGUACUACAUUUAGCUAAUAUUAGAUAGUUAAUCCAGAGAUUCUUACCUUUGCCUCGAUUUGGCAGUCUCGUCCAGAUCAUGGCAUUCGUAGCUCUUUAUGAUAACCACAUUAGCAGCUAAUUAGCAUUUCAUUUUUUGGGGGGUAAAUACAUUCACCUUGUCAUAGAAAGAUUUACAUGGUUAUCAAAACACCACGCCAGGGUAAGCCCACAUGAAAAACAGCCCUUAUUUUAAGUGUUCCUAAAACCCCUAUGGGAAUAAUUGUGGGAAACGAUUGGAACCGUUUCCCUGUUUUAAACGCUAGGUUUUAUGGGUAUUAUGACUCGUACUGUGGUACUCUAUAGCAGUGACAACAGAGAAAACAGGAAACUAACCCACUCCUCUCUCUCUCUCCCUUUACCUCUGUGUUAUCUCAAAGCUGGAGAAGAAAGAGGAGAAGGCAGAUCCCUCCACCUCGUCCAAUACCACAUUAGAGCUGGAGCUGACUGAGGAGAAGCUGCCAAUGUCGCUCUCCCGGCAGGAGGUGAGUCAGCCAAUCAGAGCUGGUUUUAUUGUGUCAAGGCUCCUGGGUUCUGUUCAGUAGGUAUGAACAGGGAGGAGACGUGCUUGUUUAUGUGUUUGUUUGUCCAGGUGAUCCGGCGACUGAGGGAGCGAGGGGAACCGGUGCGUCUGUUUGCAGAGUCAGACUAUGAGGCCUUCCAGAGGCUCAGGAAGAUCGAGAUUCUCGCCCCGGAAGUCAACAAGGUAAUGUCCUGUCACUGUUUUAUGAGGCAGGGUACUGGGGUGGUGGUGGGAACUUGCCCUUUGUUUUUGUGGUGGGUUUUAUAUUGUUUUUGUAAGGUUAAAGAAGAGUUUGACACAGUGACUUUUAAGCACCCACCUCUUAUUGUCCCUUGUAUUGUACUGUUGUGUACAUGCUAGCCCAGAAUAUUAUGGAUGACCUUUCGGGCACUGACAACCUGUGAUGUAUAGAUAAAGCACUGACUGAUCACCUGUGUUACUGUGUAUUCUCUGGGCAGGGUUUGAGGAACGACCUGAAAGCAGCCAUGGAUAAGAUUGACGCACAGUACCUGAAUGAGAUCGUAGGGGGCACUGGGGAGCCGGGGGAGGUGGACACACAAUUCGACCUAAGAGUACACGAGGCAGACACCACCAUCGAGGAGCUGGAGGUACACAGAGACUGGGGUGUCACUAGCCACUAUAUUUGUCCUUAACUCAGGGUUUAAGGUCUACAUUUUAAAUCCACAAUUGUAAAUAAAAAGUGCUUAAUGUCCCUCUUCUAUCACAGUCCAAACAAAGUCCUAUGUGUCAAUGCAUCAUAAGGACACUGUAUUCCCUUUGUCCUCUUGUUUGGUAUUUGUUGUUGUCCUACAGGCUCUGGGUAAAUCUCUUGGAAAGGGAGAUGACAAUGGGGACCAGGAUGUCAUCGACAAAGUCCUUAGGGUGAGACCGAGAGCGCCAUGCUCUGCUUUUUGCUUCAGGGAGAGUGUUUUGCAAAUUCAACAAUUGCUGAUGUGAUCUCUCUCCAGUGUUGUAAUUAUUUAUUGUAGCGCAAAGAGUAAUGCUGUGAUGGAGAUUUUAAAAAUGAUGUUUAAAUGUUUGUGUGAUAACAUGGUUCUGUUAUGGUCAGUAGUUUCUAGGCAGUUGUGGAUAUAGUUUGUUGUGUUCAUAUGUGGUUGUGUUGUGGUCUGUAGUUCCUGCUGGGAGUCUGGGCGAAGGACCUGAAUGGUCGAGAGGACCACGUGAAGCGCAGCGUCCAGGGCAAGCUGGCCAGUGCCACCCAGAAACAGACUGAGUCCUACCUCAAACCGCUAUUCCGGAAGCUACGCAAGAAGGUCUGUGUUCACCUCAGAGAACUACCCUCUGCGAAAUGAUGUCCAUUAAUAUGGUACUGCUAUGUGAUGACUGUGGUGGAUAUGGUCUUCUUUUAUUGUAGUUCUUUUUACAUUUUUUAGAGUUUGCCCGCAGACAUCAAAGAAUCAAUCACAGACAUCAUUAAAUUCAUGCUGCAGAGAGAAUAUGUAAAGGUAUUGAACUUGUUUUCUACCUGUUGAUACUUAUAUUGGGUGUUUUGUGUUGUCUAGUAUGAUUGGGCGGUUGUUCUUAAACUGUGCUUGUCUGUUCCAGGCGAACGAUGCGUACCUGCAGAUGGCCAUUGGUAACGCCCCCUGGCCCAUCGGGGUGACCAUGGUGGGCAUCCAUGCCCGUACGGGGCGAGAGAAGAUCUUCUCCAAACAUGUGGCCCAUGUCCUCAACGACGAGACCCAGAGAAAAUACAUCCAGGUUAGAACCUCCGACCUCUGUGUUAACCUCUGAAUAUAACUUGGAUCAAAGAUGACCCCUAACAUCUGGGUUAACCCAUAUAGAGUAGCAGAAGUAAGAUAGCUGACUGCUCAGCCUCCCUGUGAAAAUAUCCUAACCUCUGUUCUGUCCUGUUCUCUCUCUCUCAUUCACUCACUCACUCACACACUCUCUCUCACUUACUCUUUCACAGGGACUGAAAAGGUUGAUGACUAUCUGCCAGAAACACUUCUCCACAGACCCCUCAAAGUGUGUUGAGUACAACGCCCUGUAGUACACCUGACUGUCUACACCUGUGUGUUUGUUUAACACACCUGACCGUCUACACCUGUGGUUACCAAGCCUUGUCUUAGAGUCCUGGGGUGCGCAGGCUUUUGUUCCAACCCAGCACUACAACACCUAAUUCAACUGACUGGUCUUGAUUUGCAUUAAAUAUGUUGAAUCAGGUGUGCUAGUGUUAGGUUGAAAGGAAUGCAUGCCUGUAUACCUUGUAGUCUUACAGGAUCAUGGUUGGUUACACGUCUGUGGAAGUUACUACAGCUGAGGAAGUCUCUGUACUUCUGUCUACAUAACUGUCAAUGGAGAUCCAGCUGUUCAUUUAUAUUUUGAGGCUCGCUUUUUGCCACUUGUAUGGUUGACUGUUUUGUGUUGCUUUUUUUAGGGUGUACCAGUUAGUAUUUUCCUUGUUACUCAAAUGAACCAACAUGUUGUGUAAAUAUCCCUUCUAAGAUUAGUCAUUCUCCACAGUGUGCUAGUUUUAUAAUAUCUUUGUAAGAAUGGCCAUGUGUAAGUUUUAUUAUGCAAAUCUUUGGAAAACGAAAAAAAAAAAUGCUUAAAUUGAAGAAUGUGAAAACAGGAGUUGAAACCUGUCAAAGUAAACUGUUCUUAUUAAUGCAAUAAAUACAUCUAAAUUCA